UCAAUCAAAGCAGCAGAGGAGGAGAAGAAGAGGGGGGAAAUCUGUGGAAUGGCACCGGUGCAUGGGACCUGCAGCGGGAAUAUGGAGCGGUCGGAGCGCAAUCUGAAGGGAAAGUCCAAGAGGAAGAGGAGGAGGAGGAGGUGUAAAGGCAAAGGCCGAGUCCCCAUGUUAUCUACGCUGCUCCGCCCCAUAGGACACUGGGACACUGGACAAUCAUCAGCUGAGGAUGCCGACAGUUUAAGUACAAGCAGUUUGGAAGUAAAAGAGAACAAAGAUGAUAAAGGCCAGGUGGACUGUGACCUACUACGGAAGUAUCACCCGUCGACCUUUUGCACAACUUUCCCCAAACGUGGAUCGAGAGCUUUGAAGAGGAAACAACCGCUGGCGGAAGGGAAAGACCGGCUGCUCUACCAAAGCCCUUUGACCUGUAAGAGAGCAGCCUGGGCUGUCGCUCAGAAGAACGCGGUGGUCCAGCUGAAUGAGCUCCGACCCGGUCUGCGGUACGAGAUCGUGUCAAAGACUGGCCCGCUGCAUGCUCCGCUGUUUUCCGUGGGCGUGGAGGUGAAUGGUUUCCACUUCGAGGGCAGAGGACCAACAAAAAAGCAGGCCAAGAUGAGGGCUGCAGAACUGGCUCUCCGCUCGUUCAUCCAGUUCUCAAACGCCCCCCAGGCUCACGCCUCCAUGGGGAACUUCACCGGCACGCCUGCGGACUUCACAGCGGAUGAACUGGACAUCCAUGAGUCAUUCCUUAAAGAGUUUGAGCCAUCGCUGAUGGAAAACUGUGAUCUCCUGCACUGCAACACGGCGAAAAACAAGGUUUUCUACAGCAUUUACAACCACAGACGACUCGUCCGACUCACACUGGACUUAUUCUCCACCAAUCCAAAAAGACGAGCCCUUAGCAGCUCACUGCUAGACCGCCUCAGCCCAGUGGCGCUGCUCAAUGAGCUGCGACCAGGACUCAGGUACAUGUGCAUGACGGAGAGGGUUCACGGCAGGCCAAUGAGGAGAUUUGUUAUGGUCGUGCGAGUGGAGGGGAGGGUUUUUGAAGGAUGUGGCCACAGCAAAAGACUGGCCAAGGCUCGAGCGGCAGCAGCCGCCCUGCAGUCCAUUUACAACGUAACUCUGGGACCGGAGAGGAAGGGGCUGGGCCUCCACGGCAGCAGAGCCAGACAUCAGCUACCUCAGUUCUUCGCAGAGUCGAUUUUCCACCUGGUGAGAGAGAAAUACUCCGAGCUGACAGACGGCGGUCUCUCUACCUCCUCACAGGCCCGCCACAAAGUCCUGGCAGGGAUCGUGAUGACCAGGGGUUUUGACCUCAGAUCAGCGCAGGUCGUGUCUCUGGCUACGGGGACUAAGUGUCUGGACUCAGACCACGUGAGAGACCAUAGCGGGACGCUCAGAGACUGCCACGCUGAAGUCCUGAGCCGGAGGGCGCUGGUUCGAUUCCUGUAUGCUCAGCUGGAGCUGCUGCUUGAUCCAGCAGGCAGCGAGGAACAGUCGAUCUUCGUACCAAACACAGGCGGCGGUGGCGUCCGGCUGCAGGACGGCGUCCUCUUCCACAUGUACGUCAGCUCGUCGCCGUGCGGAGACGCUCGACUCAACUGUCCCUACGAGACCACAGCUGCAUAUCCCAGCAGGAGGCUCCGCUGUCACCUCAGGGUGAAGGUGGACGGAGGCGAGGGGACGCUGCCCAUCACAGCGCCAAUGGCCAAUGUGAACCGGACCGGUGUACCGCAGGGCAAACGUCCCGUCACCAUGUCCUGCACUGACAAGAUGGCAAAGUGGAGCGUUGUGGGCCUCCAGGGGGCCCUCCUGUCUCACCUGGUGGAGCCAGUUUACCUGCACAGCCUGACGGUGGGGACGCUCCACCACACGGGUCACCUGGGCCGGGCCAUGGCACGGCGCCUCGCGCCCGUCAAGAACCUGCUGCUCCCGUACCGACGACAGCAACUGCUGCUCGGCUGUCUGAACAGCAGCGAGGUUCGGCCGACAGGACGGGCGCCGCAUGUCAGCGUGAACUGGACCCGUGGUGACGGAGGCCUGGAGGAGAUCAGCACCUCCACUGGAAGGAGGAAGGACUCUGGGACGCCGUCACGGCUCUGCAAGCGCUCCAUGUUCGCACGCUGGCUGAGGCUGCAGCAGCAGUCUCAGUUUAAAGCUGCAGACACCACUCCAGGGACCUAUUCUGCUUCCAAGAUGGCUGCCGGACGAUACCAAAGGGCAAUGCAGCAGUUCAUCAGCGCUCUGCAGGGUGGGGGACUGGGAUCAUGGCUCAGAAAACCUCCAGAACUUGGUCACUUCAACGUCAGUGUGUGAAAAAACUGUUGAAAGCUGAAUAUGGAGAGUGAAGAUGAUGUAUGUUUGUUCUUUGAGUGAAUGAGGAACCAAGAAUGUGACACCAGAUAGAAGAGAAAGCUGGUAACUUUAUCUUUAUUUAUCUCACGUGAGACAUAUUUAACUAGCUAGCCACUUAGCUUACUAGCUAGCUCACUGGAGUAACUUUGAAGACAUUUUUUUGUAAGUUUAACUCAGCAAUAUACAGUGUUUGGGUGAAAUUUAACUAAUCGCAAUAGAGUCCUCACAAGAACUAAAUCCCACUUUGGUCCUCACAAAGCGGAUUUUUCUCCCCUUCACAACUUAUUUGUGUUUGUUUACUUUCAGGAAAUGUGUGUUCUGUUGUUUCAGUAACGUAACUAAGAUUUUUAGGCCUUUAUUGACAGGACAGUUGACGACAUGAGAGAGGGGGGGGGGGAUGAGAUGCAGCAAACAGCCGCAGGUCGGGGUCAAACCUGGGCCUGCUGCUUCGAGGGGUAAACCUCUAUAUAUGGGCGCCCGCAUUACCAACGGAGCUACCCGGGCGCCCUCAGUAAUGUAACUUUGAUGUGACUAUGUCUCACCUGUUCAGUUAUGUCAACGGUUCUCACCCUUCAUUUUUUUUAACUAUGUUGGGUAGUGCCAGAGUUUACAUGAGGCUCAGGAGUGAAGGCAUGCCGCCCCCUAGAGGGAUAAUGUGUGCACUACAAGAUGGAGAGUCCAGGUUUUUUUGUGUUUCCCUUCAUUUCCUGCCCUCUAGAUUUCUUCCAAUUAUCUCUUUAAAUUAUUAAUGCAAUUACAAAUAACCAAAAGGCUUUUAGUUCUCUGAAAAAUAUAUAUCUGCAGUCAGUGUCUUGAUUAUUUAUAGUUUUCUAAAAGGUAAGGAAUGUAAAAGAGUACUUCUACUGAAAGGUACGGAUGGUGUGGAGUGAUAUGUAAACUUUUAUUAGCUGUGCAGAAUGUGUGUAGUCUAUAUCGGUCAUGACUAUUUUUAUCACUGGGAAUAAAUGAUCCUAUUUGUCUU